AGUAAAGAACAGACCCAGGAAGUAUUUUGAUCAGCUGAUCACCUCAACAAUUGACAUUGAGUUUGUUUGAGGCAAGAGCUAUUAAACUGUAGAAGAAGAGAAAAAUCUCCCUAUAGGAAAAUUGCCAGGAAAACGGAUAUCAAGAAAACGAAAACUGAUGAAAACGUGAUGACGUCCCGAGAACGGUUUGAAGAGUGCUCAAGUAGCUUGAAUCGAGUUAUUGUCACUGUUAUAUAGCUAAUCAACUAUCUACUACAUAACAAUGGAAAAUGUUCGCUCACCAAUGGAUAAUCUCUUCAACAUGCUGUCAGGCUUUAACGUAGGCCAAGAGAAAGCCCUGAAGCAGGGAAUCUAUAACGCCGUCGCGCUUUUCUUCCUGUGUCUCGUCUCGGUAGCCGGCUAUGGUCUCUACAUUAUCCUGAAACCUUUUGUUAAACCUUUAAUCUGGGCUUUGCUGUGUGGUUCUGUUCUCUUCCCAUUUAAGUGUUUGCUGGUCACAGUGGUGCAAUCUUGGUUCAUCAAAGUGGAGGCAUCACGCACCUUACUGAUCGUCAAUGUCAGCUUGUUGCCGAUACAUAUGUUCGAUAAUGUUUCUGAGAGAGUGGGUUCAUUUUUAUGGAUGCAUAUCAAAUAUAUUAUUUGGACAGCAUUGCUAGCAUUAUUGGCUAUAGGCUUGUAUCAUUUCACUCCUAAUGUGAUAAUGUUAUUUGCCUGGAGAAUGUUUCAGAUAUUUAGCAUUAUUUCUGGAUUUUUCAUUCUGACAUGCAACAUCUUUAUGGUCUCUACCAUACUCAUUGGUUAUUUCAUAAUUCUGUACAUCUAUUGGACACCAUCAAAUUCGAUUCGUUUUCGUUACAUGUCCUUUGUGAUAUGGUUCAUCAUCAGCAUGUAUCUAUCGAGCAUAGUGGGUACUUACCAGGUCUUGGUUUUUGCUGCUCUCCAAAUUCUAUGCGUAAUAGGAUUUAUUUACGAAGUGAUACUCAUUAUGGAUGGUCAUGAGCUAAAUGGUAGACAUUUAACGUUCUCGCAAGCAGCGAGUUUUGCUUUAACAAACGAGUUAGUGCCGAGCCAGCAAGAAGAUAAAUCAACCUUAUUCGAUGAACAGACGAAUGAUUGUAUUCCCGAAGGCGAAAGCAUAAACACACCGAUUUACUCUCAAGAAAAAGCAGAAGGUUCGCCAUCUGCCGAUGUGAAGGAUAUCAAGAAAAUAUGUAGUACAUUGAGACAUGGCGUAAAGUCAUUAUCUUUGGACACGGAUGAUGGUUUAUCCACCGUAAUGGGCAUGACAACACGUAGGCCUGUGUAUAACAUACAUUAUAUGAAUCGUGCAACAUUACGCGACCGUUAUUUGUUAAACAAAAUAAGAGCCGAAUUACGAACAUCUCUAGAUAUACAAGAUGAUGAGGUCGAUACUGAUAAGUACAUGUAUGGGGCGCUAUAUGCAUGUGCCGGCAUGCUUCUCUGGAAACACAGAUGGAUCGCGCACGUUCUGGUGAUUCCGUUGGCAUAUUAUAUUGUCAAGCAGUUGGGUAGCUAUUUCGGUUUUUGGAAAAUGAUACUCAGGAAUUGCAAUUCGAUGAUAGAAAUACUCAAAUCGUGGUGCAUGGAUCGACAUCAAGCACUUAUACCCUCCAAUAUCAGAGGUCUCUAUAAAAUAAGCAUUAUUGUGGACGAAAAACUGAGAAAUAUUUUGAACAACUCCGUCAAUGCAGUAGCAACUACAUCUGUAAUACUUGGCUUGAUUGUUUUCACUACUUGUACAUCUAUUUUUAUUAUGAUACAGAUCUAUGCAGAAGGCUUGCACCUUGUUCAAGUAACAGGUGAAAUAUUAAAUUCCACUUUGAUGAGCAAUCCUGAUAUUGAUUGGGUUCCAGAAAAGUGGGAAGAGUCUGUUAACAGUGUUUUAGAUAACGUUUACACAUAUGGACGAAGUGCUAUAUCGGAUGGCAUUCGAGGUCUUGUAAAAGAUCUAGAACCAGCGAAAGCUGAGCAAAUGGAGAAGAAAGUCUUAGAGCUCUGGGAUCGUCUUUAUCAAGCAUGGAUGAUGUCAAAUAUGGAUCCGAAUCUCGUGGGUCCUACUGUAGAUGCUAUGUCUGCGUAUUCUGCUUGGGAGAGCUUCAAAGAUAGCUUUGGAAAAACACCUAUACAUUUGUUCAAUAUGACUAGUAUACAGAAUUUUGCCAAAGAAAAUAUUGGCAUUUUGACAUCAGUGUUUGACUCUGUUUGGAGCAUUGUCAAAGGCAAUAUGUCUGUAAUAUUAACAGUUUUUACAGAAUUGUUUUAUAUUAUACUCAUGAGUGGAUCAGCGGUACUUAAUUUUGUACUCAGCACGGUUGUGUUUUUUACAACUUUAUUUUAUUUACUCAGUUCCAGCGAUAAAACUUAUAAACCCAUCGAACUGACAACAAUAUUUAGUCCUAUUAGUUGUCACAGAUUUGCUACAUCAUUACAAGAAGCAGUAAUUGGGGUAUUUGCAGCCACUUUUAAACUCGCCUCAUUCUUUGGCAUGUGGACAUGGUUCAUACAUAAUUUAUUCCAAGUGAAAAUUGUCUAUUUACCAUCGGCCCUUGCAACUAUAUUAGGGGCAGUUCCUUUCCUAGACGCAUACUUUGCCUGUAUUCCGGCUACUAUAGAACUUUGGUUCACCCGUGGAUCAAUAAUUGCUAUCUCAUUUUUUCUCUUCCAUUUCCUUCCGUGUAACAUAGUAGUGACGGAAUUUUAUAAAGAGAUCAAGGGUGGUGGGCAUCCUUAUCUAACAGGUUUAUCAAUAGCGGGUGGAAUCUUUUGUUUAGGUGUGGAAGGAGCAAUUUUUGGCCCUUUGCUCUUGUGUUGUAUUAUGGUUGUCAUCAAUUUAAGUCGACAUUAUUUACACUCGCCUGAGGAGGAAGUUGUACUACCGACGUAUCCUAACCACGAAAGAACGUCAGAGUGUAAGUCAAAAUAAUAUUACGAUUUU